AUGGCAGCACCAAGUACAACCGGACAGGAUUAUAACCAACCGUUCAGCAUCCUUGGAUGUCGCCCGUUCAAACAUUUCCAAAACGAGUUUUGCGGGCUUGUGUUCCCUCGGUACACGUUGGCCAAGGCCAUAUUCCUGGAUGAAGAGAUGCAGAAGCGCAUGGGCCGUGCUGUUAUUCUGUGGAAUUACUUGAAAAGCUGA